AUGAGACCCAAUGAGCAUCCGGCUGCGCAUGAAUCUUCCCCCAAUUACCAAUCUACAUUACCUGUUUCCCUACCACCGCCGGAAGACAUCCCUCAGCAUGAGCUUGAAAACCGGAAGUUCUCACUUGAAAGGUUGGUAUCUUUGCGGUUUCCAGCACCACCAACCCAGGACGCCCUUGAACACUUCGUCAAAGUCUAUAAAACCAAGAUACACCUUCAACCUCUGCCGCUAUUCAGCCUAGACAGGCUCGAGGAACGACUACUUGACGGCCCUCGUUUUCUACUCUGGAGCUUUAUGGCUCUCACUCUGAUGUUAUCUACCCAUCCCUUCUACGAUGGUCAGAGAACAGUUGCAACAGACUUCUACACUCGAAAAGCGGAGGAAGUGGUUAGUAAUCUGGCUUCUGAGGGGGAUAAAUCACCAGAAGUCACGCAAUCCCUUUGCCUUAUCGCCUUGAAGCAUCUGAACAAUCAACAACUCGCACGAGCCUGGAUGACUACUGGUACUGCUGCGCGACUAGAAGCCUUACGAGUCCUCACGUUUGACAGCAUCCCUUCUUCAACAGAUGACUUGGUAUCUCGAGCUCACUGGAGUGUAUUCAUGCUAGAACGACUUUUUGUUCCUACGUUGUCAGAUGCUUUUGGGCCCGGAGUUCCCGAAUUUCCCAUUAGCCCUCCAAAGCCCCUUGCACCUCAAUUAACACUCUCUACUGCCACAGCAGAACGCUUCCAGUCAGAAAAAGAACAACCCAGAACGAUACUGAGCAGUGAUCCCGGUAUCAUUGGCGUUCACUUGCGUCUUGUGUCGAUUUGGGGAAAGCUUCGGUCUUACCUACAUACUCUACGGCGAGGUGUCACUGAAAAGCCUUGGUCGCCAGACUCAACGCAUACAAUACUUAAUAUCGAGCUAAUAGAGCACGAGGCUCUAAUCGAUCCAAGCUAUUUUCUCUCCAGGGCUCUUCUGCCAAGCCGCACUGCAGCAGAAAUAUCUUCACAUCGCGAAUACUGGGAUCCAUUCAUGGCUAGCCAAAUAAUCUGGCAUGCCAUCCACGCCGUGAUAAAUCACCCCUUCGUCCACUUGUUCUUGCUCAGAUCCUCCAGGGAUAUUCCGCCAUCAUGUCUGUUCCUUCAACAAAGGAUUGAUAUGGCGCUAUUUCACACUGGAUCCUUAUUUCGGAUUCUUCAGUCGUUCAUGGAUCUAAUGAACAUAGUUGAUCCGAUGGUGGCAGACUUUGUAGCUGCAGCUGCGACAGUGUCGUGGUUCUUUCAGUUCUCGGCGGAUCCCAAAAUCUCGCGACGAGCUCGUGAAGAAUUAGAUAAAUGUGACGCGUUUCUCAGCUAUGUCGCUGAAACUUGGCCUCACGUCAAUCAGAAGGUCGAGACGUUGAGGAAGCUGGAGGCACUGGCCAACGAAAACCGGCGACAGCACUCAGACGAAGGCACAAAUAUCAGAUUCCAAUCCGCCUGGCUUUGGGAUCUUUUGAACCCCAAGAUUCUGUCCACUGAGAUGGGCUCCUCACACUCAGGACCAGGGACUGGUGGUGCCUCUGAGAAAGAUCCAGAUUCUGAGAUGUAUCUCAAAAGCCAUUUUGUCAUGCCUUUACACGAAGACCAGGCCUCUGGUCAGAUAAGAGAGCCAAUGGCAUCCAGUCCAGAUGGUAUGGAUUCUUUGUUUACUAUGCCUGGGGAUCUGGAUUUGUUCAAUAUCGAGUUGCUGUCGCACGAGUUUUUCGAAAAUGGACUGUGGGAUCAAGGUUACUGA